AUGGACUUAGAGCUCCUCGAGAAGCUGCGUCAGGCCAACCAGGACCUUCUACAAAGGCUCAGAACGAAGCAGGAAGAGAUCAGAAAAAGACUUCCCAGCAAACCACUCCUUCCAGCAUCUCUUCCCAACUGCACAGCUGCUGACACAUCUGUCCCCUUGCCCAGGAGAGGGCAGGAAAAUCAGAUUGGUGCUGUGAAGUCUGCAGCUGACCCUGGAGUGCUGGUGCCUGUGGAACCCAGAGCUUGUGCAGCCUCAGCAGCUCUUUGUUCAUCUCUUAAACACAGCAGCAGUGACAGAGAGGUACAGCAACAACAAGUGAAGACACAGGAAGCAGCAGGUUUGGAUUCCAACUUUCCUGGGAAAGAGGAGGAUGUUACACCAGUGUCUGCAAUCAUUAUGUGUGGGAGAGAAACCUCUGGAGUGGAUAGGGUUGGUCACACUGGGGAAAGUCCAGAGAACGAAUCCUCCCUCCUGGGACAUGGAGAGAACAAUAAACAGUCCACUCUGCUCUGUGGUUUCCAUGAGAAAAAUCAUCCAGACCCAUCACUGGGCAGAGUGCAAAAUGAAGAGACCAGUGAGCAGCAUGGGGAUGUCAGAGAGCCCAGAGCCCCUAAGUCAAUCCUGCUGACAUCUCAGUCCAAAGGUUCCAAGAAGGAAACUCGUCAUGUGACUUUUCAGCUUGACCCUGAGGAAGAUGCCAUCCCUGUGAGCAGCUGGUCUGCACGUCCCUUCCUGGGCUAUGACUGGAUUGCAGGGCUCCUUGAGACAAACUCUUCAGUAGCAGAAAAGCCUGAGCAAUACUUUGCUGAGCUGCAGGAGUUUCGACAGGCCAACAGAGAGGACUGUAUCCAUGAGCAGCACCUGGAGCCCAAGGCUCUGGAUUGCACAGUUCCUGAACGAGAACCAGAUUUGCUAACCAGUUCCCAUAAGUGUGUUUACUGUUACCGAUUAAACCAGCGCCUCUUCCCUGUCCCUGUGGAGCCAGACUCUGCCUGCUCUGUGUGUAAGAUCCCACGGACCCACCAGCCCCCAGGGACACUGGAAGAACCAGCCUUUGUCAGGGUCAGCAUUCCCAGAUCUACUCUCAUGCCUGUCUACAGGCACAAAGUCCAUCGCAGGAGGAGCUUUGAGCUGACAGACAAUUUGGCAUUACCUUUGCAUUGCCUGGCUGGCUGGGAAAAUAUUGUCCCUUCCAACAACGCCAUGCUCAGCAGUUUGGAUCUGAGAGCUUCUCUGGAAGAGAAGCCUUACCAUCCUCACCUGAACUCAGUGUCCAGAGUGUCAGGAGGAACCAGAACUCACCACCUCACGUUUAGCUUCUCCACAGAGAGAGAGCAAAGCCAACAAGGACACCAGGGAGCAGCUCCACAUUUAACCCCAGCUGCCUCAACACUGUGA